GUGGGGUUGGCCGCAUCCCCCCGCUCUCCCGUUCCACACCCCCCGGGCCGCCCACACCGGCCUGGCUCCUGCCCGUCCCGGGGCUCCGCUCCGGCAGCGGCCGGGUCGGGUCCGGUAAUGGGGGAAUGAUCAACCCGUAGCGGGACGGCGCUUGGGGUGGUCCCGCACCCCUGCGCUGCCGUCUCGGGACCCCCGAACUCCCGUGAAGCGGUCACCCCCAGCCCCAACCGGUGCUUUGCACCCCGCCGUGUCCCGACCCACGCCUGGCCCCGUCCCGGCUCCCGGGGCCGGACUACGGCUCCCGGCGGCCCCCGGGGUCCCGCCACGCCACUUCCCGCCGCCUCGUCCCGCCAUGGCGCCGUUCGAGCCAUCGGCGCUACCGGAGCUGCUCCCGGUCUUCUACCGGCGGCUCUUCCCGCACAGCGUCUAUGGCCGCUGGCUCGGCUACGGCGGCGUGGUGAAGAACUAUUUCCAGCUGCGGGAAUUCUCCUUCACGCUGCGGGACGAUGUGUACGUGCGGUUCCAGUCCUUCGGCAGCCCCCAGGAGCUGGAGCGGGAGCUGCAGAAGAUCAACCCCUACAAGAUUGACAUCGGGGCCGUCUAUUCCCACCGGCCCAAUCAGCACAACACGGUGCACCUCGGUGCCUUCCAGCCGCAGGAGAAGGAGCUGGUCUUUGACAUUGAUAUGACAGACUACGAUGACGUCCGGACGUGCUGCAGCUCAGCUGAGAUCUGCUCCAAGUGCUGGACCCUGAUGACCAUUGCUGUCCAUGUCAUCGACCGCGCGCUUGUGGAGGACCUGGGCAUGAGGCAUCGCCUGUGGGUGUACUCGGGCCGCAGGGGCGUCCACUGCUGGGUGUGCGACGACGCGGUGCGCCGCUGGUCCCCGGCGCUGCGGGCGGCGGCCGUCGAGUAUCUGACCCUGGUGAAGGGCGGAGCAGAGACCGUGAAGAAAGUGAACGUCUCUGAGCCCAUCCACCCCUUCAUCAGGCGCUCGGUUGCUGUGGUGGAGAAGUACUUUGAGGCGUAUGCACUGGUGGGCCAGGACAUCCUGGGCAGCCCAGAGAGCUGGGAGAAGGUGCUAGCUCUUGUCCCAGAGGAGCACCGGGAGCCGCUGCAGGGUGAGUUCCCCAGGAAGAGGGACUCGGUGCAGCGCUGGGAGCUUCUGAAGGGCCGGAUGGAGCGGACACGGCGGCCGCCAGGGGCUGGGAAGAGCGCGCCGUGCUACGCUGACUGGGAGAUCAUGCUGCAGUUCUGCUUCCCCCGCCUCGACAUCAACGUCAGCAAAGGGCUCGGGCACCUGCUGAAAAGCCCCUUCAGCGUCCACCCAAAAACAGGUCGCAUUUCAGUGCCCCUGGAUUUGCAGAGGCUGGACCAGUUCGACCCAUUUGCUGUCCCCACCAUCAGCUCCCUGUGCCACGAGCUGGACACGGCUGGUGAUGAUGGGGAGCAGGAGGAUGGCGUGGAGACGGAGCCCAAACGCCGGGCGCGGGACUACAAGAAGACGAGCCUGGCACCCUAUGUGCGGAUCUUCGAGCAGUUUGUGGAGGAGAUGGAGCGUGCGCGGAGGGGAGAGCGGCUGCGGAGGAGCGACCUGCAGGGAGACUUCUGAGGCCUCGCUGCCGGCGGGGGCCACCGAGGGGCCGUUGCUGCCACUGGCACCUCUGCCAGCCGCGGGGGUCCCGGUGCCUCGAUGCAGGGAGCCGCAGGGCUGGUGGCCGAGCCGUGCCGCCCCCCUGCUCCGCCCCCCACAUUUUAUACUUUUGUAAACGCAAAAACCAUUAAACGUUUCUGUCA